AUGUCGCGGAACGGUGUGUCAUCACCUGGUGGUGGUCCUGGCGCUGGAAGAACAGCCAACAACAGCGACUAUUUCGUGGAUACGAAGCUGUUGUUUCGCCUGAAGCGUUUCGUGACUGAGCAACAGGAGCGCGGAAGCCUGCCGACAGAGGAUGCUGCACUGGACUAUCUGUUGGAUAAGUUCAAGGAGUACGUCCGCAAGCCACAGGGGCCGCUGCGAAAAUCGGUGGGAAAGGCCUUGCGCAAGUGCCUCGAGGGCAGCCCGACGCCGCCCCGCGACACAAAGAAGCGCUCAAGGAUGCCGGAGGGCGGCGGGGUAGAGGCAGUCGGACUCCAACAAAAUCAGCACCGGCACCAGCAUCAGCUCUCCUCCCCUCGCGAAGAGACCACCGGUAGCAGCGUUGUGGGCAGGCAGAGGAAGAAGCGGAGAGCUCGCGAGGGAGGUGGAGACACCACCGAGCAUAACACCAAGAGCGACCACGAGGACCUGAGCGAGGACGAGCUCGCUGCCAGAGAGGCCGAGGCAGGCAUGCAGGGCCGUACGCACAACCUCCUCAACCAGUCCGUCGCAGCCGGGUACCGCACCAACGGAGCUUCGAGCAGGCAGGGGUUGUCCAAUUCUUCUCCUGUCGACGGGAAGGAUCAAGAGGGCGGCGGCUCAAUCAAGGGCGAGAAGAAACGCUCCAAGCGACCCCGACCGGGGGGACCGACGGCGUCGUCAAGAGCGGCACCUUCUGCGGCAGCAGGAGGGGGCGGAGGUGGUGGUGGGGCAGCGGCAGCAGCAGGGUACGAUGACCUAGGCGGGAUCUCAGAAAUUCUCCAGGAGGUGCGGGAGCUAAUCGAGUACCCUCUAGUCCACCCGGAAGUGUACGCACAUCUUGGGAUCGAGCCGCCCAGAGGAAUCCUUUUGCAUGGCCCACCGGGCUGCGGCAAGACAUUACUGGCGAACGCCAUAGCUGGGGAGCUGGACGUGGCUUUCCUCAGGAUAUCAGCACCGGAGAUCGUCAGCGGCAUGUCAGGGGAGUCCGAGCAAAAGGUUCGGGAGCUGUUUCGAGCUGCGAUCGAGAACGCCCCCUGCAUCGUGUUCAUGGACGAGGUGGAUGCCAUCACGCCUAAGAGGGAGACAUCUUCAAGGGGAAUGGAAAAGCGGAUCGUGGCACAGCUGCUCACGUGCAUGGACUCGCUGACGAUCGAGAACACGGGUGGAAAGCCCGUGGUGGUGAUCGGAGCGACCAACCGCCCUAACGACCUGGACUCGGCGCUGAGGAGAGCCGGCCGCUUCGACCGCGAGAUCUGCCUGGGCGUACCGGACCUCGCCGCGCGUGCACGCAUCUUGGAGGUCAUGGCGUCGAAGAUGACCCUAGCAGGGGAUGUUGACUUCCAGCAGAUCGCCAAGAAGACCCCCGGCUUCGUCGGCGCCGACCUGUCCUCGCUCACAAAGGAGGCCGCCGUCGUGGCGAUCAACCGCAUCUUCACCCGCCUCCGCGCCACGAGACCUCCUCCCAUCACCGGCGACCCAUGCAGCAACGACAACGGCAACGGUGGCGCCCCCAGCACUGCGCCCUGUGUAGCACCACCAGCAGCGACGGGCAAACCACGCGGGGGGCAGGACGCGACAGUCGCGCCAGCACACCCGGAGGACUCGGGUUCGGUUUCAGGAGCAGGGGCGGCAGAACCAUCCCUGGAUAGUGUUGUGGGCGACGCGAGCGGAUCCCUUACUACGUCGCCGGCGUCUUCGACAGCGGUGCAGCAAGGCAAAAAGACGGCGGAGGUCGUUGGUGCAGGCGCGGAGGAUGCGGCGGGGGCGGUGGGGGGCUUCCUCACGGGGCCGCUGUCCGCCGCCCAGCUCGCACCACUCAGCGUCACGAUGGAGGACUUUUUGACGGCCGUGAAGAAGGACUUUUUGACGGCCGUGAAGAAGGUCCAGCCAUCGGCGAAGAGGGAGGGUUUCGCUACCGUGCCUGGCGUUUCAUGGAGCGAUGUCGGUGCUCUAGCUUCCGUCCGCGAGGAGCUCGGCCUCUCCAUCUUGGAACCUAUAGCAUACCCGGAGAGGUUCGAGAAGCUGGGCCUGACGAUUCCGGCUGGCGUGCUGUUGUACGGGCCCCCUGGUUGUGGUAAGACCCUGCUAGCGAAAGCUAUCGCCAACGAGAGCGGGGCCAACUUCAUCUCUGUCAAAGGUCCGGAGCUUCUCGACAAGUACGUCGGAGAGUCGGAGAAAUCCGUCCGCCAAGUUUUCCAGAGGGCGAGGGCGUCCUCCCCAUGCAUCAUUUUCUUCGACGAGCUCGAUGCUCUGUGCCCGAAGCGCGGGGGUGGGGGUGAGGGGGGCGGGGUCACCGAGCGGGUGGUGAACCAAUUGCUGACAGAGAUGGACGGGUUGGAGGCUAGGAAGAACGUCUUCGUGGUUGCCGCCACCAACCGGCCGGAGCUCAUCGACCAAGCCAUGCUUCGUCCUGGCCGGCUUGACCGUCUUCUGUACGUUCCUCUGCCGAGCGCCUCUGAUCGCGUGUCCAUCUUGAAGGCGUUGUCCGCCACCGUUUCUCUUGGCCCCGACGUCGACCUCCAUGCGGUUGGCCACAAUCCCAAGGCGGAAGGCUUCAGCGGAGCCGACUUGGCGGCACUAUUGCGGGAGGCCGGGCUGGACGUCCUGCGACAGCUCAAGAGCCGCGAGCUGAUCGUAGGCAAGGGCGCUUACACAGAAAAGGGAGCUGGGACGGUAGUGAUGGCGACAAACUUCGAUAACGCCUUCCUCCGGACGCAGCCUUCAGUUUCUGCCACCGAUCGUGCCUUCUACGUCAGCAUGAAGGAUCGCCUCUGCAAAGCAAGGGCACACCCUUCGGAAGCGCUUCCUCCUGCCGGCGGUGGCGAUAACGAGCCGGCAGCACCAAUACCAUCUUCGGCGUAAGGACGGAGGGAUCCUCGUGCAAGGUUAGGUGGUGGAGGCCGUGGCAAGGUGGCGGCUUCGAAGCAAACGGAAAGUGAAAAUUUUGGCUCGCUUUGGGGAUUGAUUAGAACUGCAGGCCGUGCGUGCGCCGCGUCUUCCACGCGCGUAGGUUAUCUCAGGAUUCAUCUGUGCGUGCGAGACCCACGCGAUUGAUGCUGCCUUUGACGUUGGGAACACGUGGCGGGAAGGAGAACAGACUUGUGCCCACGAAAACGGUGUAAGAUAUUUUUGGGGGGGUGCCGCGUUUGGUAUUUCGGUAGCUAGAUUGGGGAUCAGUCACACCACGCUUAGAUCCUCGUGGCACGAUGUGCACGAUUCGGAGACCCGUGAGGUGGCAUGUUCCCGAUGCGAGCAUUUCGUUAGCGGUCCGUGGUACGCAAGGAGUUCCCUACCAUAUUUGUGCCCGUGAUUGUUUGUGAAGAAAAUGUUUGGAGUCCAAGCGUUGCUGCAACUAGCAUGAGGCUGAGGUGGUGGUCGUUGUUGCAGCGGACAAGGAUGAUGAGAAGGUUGUUUUAUGUACCAGCAGCCCGUUAAUUGAAGCAUGCCUUGGGUCUUGCUUGGGUCAGGCCAUUUAGUUGUCCUAUGGGGUAGAAGGGUCAAGAGCCCCCACCAACGAGAGUGUUGCAUCGGGGGGGAGAGGCAACCGAUCACUCCCCGCCCCCCUCGUAGAGAUAUAUUCCUGGCGCCGAUGUAUCGCAAACGAGUUGCAGCAUUUCCAAGGCGUGCGGUGACGUCAUAAGCGAAUCUUUUGCUGUUC